AUGAGAAGAAUCUUUCGAGGGCCAAUAAUCUCCUUUCUUUCUCUAUCUAACCCUCCCGAAGCUCGAUCAGUACUGCUGCUACGAAAAUUCAAAGGUUUUUAUGAAAUUCAAGCCGCAUAUUUGUUAAUUUGGCGCUUACCUAAAUCAGUGUAUUGCCAACUGGUGUUUGUCUGCAAGUAUUGUUGACUAUGCUCACUGAGGGUGAGGUUUGACAAGAAUUAAUGUUUGGGAACGAGAAAUCGAAUAUGGGCUGGUUGCAUUUAGUGGCGCUUCUUGUGUUUAAUGAAUUGUAUCCCUUUUAGAUAAUAGAGUUUAAACUGUAAGCCAACAUGUCAAGAGAUCGGCGUUUCCCCCAAAUCAGUACUUUGGAGCUGAAACUUCAUAUUGAAAGGAGGUUGGGUCACCAAAAAGCAGAUAAAUAUUUUAAUCUAAUGAAUAGAUAUUUAAGCCUCAAGGUUAGCAAAUCGGAUUUUGGUAAGCUAUGUGUUGGAUUAUUGGGGAGAGAGAAUAUUUCACUUCAUAAUGGGUUUCUCAGAGCAAUUAUCAAGAAUGCCAGUAUUUUCAAGAGUCCUUCGCCUAAACAUGAAAAAGCUCAAGCUUCGUUGAAUUUGAAAGUUCGGAAUGGGUAUCAAAGAAGUAGUUUUCAUUCGCUAUAUGGAGAUGUGUUUCCUCAGUCUCCGAGGAAGGGGAGAUCUUCUAUCCUUCGAGAUCACACAUUAAAGGUCAUCCCAAGCCCCCUCAGGCCUCAUGGGAAGACACACAAUGUGGGACAUGAAGAUUCGACACCGAAGGUUGUGGAACAGCAGAGUGCCACCGAAUUGUUAUCUUUAGGUAGCAGGCCUCCUGCUGAAGUCACCUCUGUUGAAGAGGGUGAAGAGGUCGAACAAUUUGCUGAAAGCCCGGGAGUCUACAGUAGAACCCCUCUUAGUGCUCCUCUUGGGAUCUCUCUUAAUACGAAAGGAUUAAGGAAGGUGCAUGGCUCAUCAUCUUACUUGAAUGCCGAGACCUGUUAUAACACUGGUGAGCUGCCUGAUACCAGUUCUUUAAGGGAGAAGUUGGAACUGAUGUUGGAGACCGAGGGUUUGAAUAUCUCAGCAAAUUGUGUCAACUUGUUAAACAAUGGGCUGGACAUGUUUAUGAAGAGAUUACUGCAGCCUUGUCUGGAUUUAGCUGCUUCAAGGUCUGAACACAAGCUUCUCAAUAAUGUUCGUCAUCAGGUCACAAACAGGAUGGGGCCCCUGCCCUGUUUACUGAAGCAUAAUAGUUUUGUUUCAGUGACAAUGCUAGAUUUUCGAGUUGCAAUGGAGUCGAAUCCCAGUGUACUUGGAGAAGAUUGGCCUGUAAAGCUUGAGAAGGUUUCCUUGGGCACAUCAGAAGAUAAUAUGGAUAUAUAGUCGGCCUCUUUGGAGUUCAUCUCAAAGCGAUGACCUGCUAUUGUAACUGCAGGAGCUCUUUUAACAGGGUUGUUGACCCAUUUCAUACGAUCAACGCGUGUUCUAAAGCUACAAGAUUAUCGAUUUGGUAGGUUUGUACAUGCAUUUCUGAGCUGAUUAUUUCUGAGUGGGACUUCUUACCUCAUAAAGGAUAUGGAUACUUGUAAAAUUGUAGCCAUUACAUAUAGUUCAGUGGCCCUCUUUAGCUAAUGUAAGCUUUUCUAUCUUAGUAACCACUUGUUUCUGACUAAAUCUAUUCUUUUAGUGUAUCCAUGCCGUCAUUUGUUAGUACCCCCCCCCCCCCCCCC